CUUGCAAACCCCUAAAUCUCAUUAUCCCCUGCUUCACGUUACACUACUCCCACGAAAACGUAGAUUCUGCUCUUCGAUUAUAUAUAACUUAAAAAGAGAGAAAUGACGGAUAAACUGGCUGACGGUGACGCUGGUGGUGAUUGGUCGAUGACGGAUGGUAUUGACUGUGACGGUGGUGGCGAUUGGUCGUCGAUGAAGGAUGGUAUUGAAGGUGAUGAUGGUUGUGGGCCGACGAUGAGAAGAAAUGAUGCAAAGAGUUUGAGAGAGAUGCAGUUGUCGAUAGCGGCGUCGUCUUCGGUGUUUCCAGGGUUCAGAUUUUCGCCGACUGACGAUGAGUUGAUUUCGUAUUACUUGAAGAAGAAGCUCCAGGGAUCUGAUAAUUGCGUUGAUAUCAUUCCGGAGGUCGAUUUCUGCCGACAUGAGCCAUGGGAUUUACCUGCUAUUUCCAUUAUUCAAUCGGAUAAUGAGUGGUUCUUCUUUUCGACCCGAGGAAAGAAGUAUCCAAACGGGUCACAAAGUAAACGGGCUACCCAAUCUGGAUACUGGAAAGCCACUGGAAAAGAACGAAAUGUAAAAUCAGGUGCGGUUACAAUUGGCACUAAACGGACACUGGUUUUUCACAUGGGUCGCGCUCCCAAAGGAGAAAGAACCGAAUGGAUCAUGCAUGAAUAUUGUAUGAAUGAUGCUGCACAGGAAUCUCUAGUUGUUUGUCGACUUCGUAGAAAUAGUGAUUUCCGAUUAAAUGAAUCAUCAAGAGGCUCUUCUGAUAAUAAAAGUCACUCGGGUACAACAAACGAAUAUGCUAAUAAUAACCAAAUGGACGGGUUUCAUGACACAAACGACACUAUAAAGUCCGCUUCAAAAGAAUCCACAAGCAGUUACAGGUCUCAUUCAGACGACCAGAAUGGUUCCGGAUCAGAAUCUGAUCCGGAAGCCAAUCCCGAGUCGCCACAUGGCUCUUCCACUCCAUAUAAGGAUGUCGACGACUGUUUUGCGGAUAUAAUCAACGAUGACAUCAUCCAACUUGAUGAAUCCACAUCACACUCUCUCAAAUUAUACGGCUUCCUCACAAAAGAUCAACCAAUGUUAACCCAAGAUCCAACAAAAUGCAAUAAAAAACUACCACCACAAACCACCAUGUCCUCUCAAGGAACCGCGGUUCGAAGAAUCAAACUGAGACGUCAAAAGGGUCGAACCCAUGAACCACCACCGGCUGACGACGGUCUAGACCAGCACCACCACCCAAAGACGCCGCCAUUGGAGAAGAAAUCAUCAGGGUGUCUUGUUAGUGUAUUGUCUGGCAAUGCGGAUACUCUAAUGGGGUCACGUGCAACACAUGUGAUUUUGGUUUUGUUGUUUUUGGUGUUGGUGUUGGUGGUUUGGAAAGGUAAAAAUAUGGAAGUUUGGAAGGCACAGCUAAAGCAUUGGCUUCGUAUGACUGCUCAUUAUAUGUAAAAUAUAAAAGGUUUGUAUGUGUUGUGUUUGUGGGUGUAUAUAUAGAAGGUUUUUUAUAUUAUGGUGUAAACUUAGUGGUGGAUCAUGUGGAUUUCCCCCUAUAUAGACGAUUACACGUUUCUUGGACACCUGGUUAUGUAUACGAUCGAUGGU